AUGGCUUGUAUUGAGGAACAAUCGGCGUAUCCAGGAAAAAGGUAAGUUGACAACGUUGGUUGACAACGAUGGCAACCGAUGCACGCCAAACUAUUCUCAUUUAAGGGAGAUCUAAAUUAUGACAUCCAUAUGGUGUAAGAUGAUAUAGGUGUAUGUAUUUCCUACAAUUUCAGAUUUUUGUUGAAUGGGACGUUAUUUUACUUAAAAAGAACGUUUUUUUACCAUUACAUGGCUGAUGGUUCAUAAUUAUUAACAAUAUAUUUAUGUACGUCUCCGCCAACGCCAUCAUUUGCAGUGUAAACAAAUAUCUGCGCGCAAGUUUAGUUUUAUGAAAUCCUAUUGUUUUAAUUGAUAACAGUUUCAAUUUCUGGCGAUGUUUUAUUAGUUCUGUUGGAACCUUUGGAACCUUCAAGGUCACUCACAUGUAAUCUUUAGGUAUGUUGUUAGGCACUCUCAGGAUCAAAAUUUUUCUAGUUUAAAGGGUUCUAAGUUGGUGGCCAGGUAGUAAGUGAACACUCUUUUCAGUCAAUAGAAGAAACAAUUUGGUUGUCUAAAUCUGGUUCUUGAGAUUUUUUCUUUGUAAUUCAAUAAGGGUUUUUAAAACUUCCAAUGUUUCCUUUCUGAAAAAGAAUUUGCUUUUUGAAAUUGAUAACCCCAAAAAGUAACAAAUUUUAUUUUUUUCUCAGAGGGCACGGUAACAAAUCCUGCUAUCUGAUUGGAUCUUAGUGCAGUUUGUAUUUUCCUAUCUCUGCCCACAGGCAAGGUAACAAUUUUGUGAUUGCCAAGUACAUCCCUACCUUUGCUGCCAUUUAUUACAAAUGUAUCUCUUUUUUCGGGCCUGGCAGUAUUUUUAAGUUAAGUCAUUGGCCACUACCUAAGCUGAGAAAUAACUUAUAAAUACUCUCUUUUCUCUCUCUGAAAUCACUUUGGUUGACAGAAAAAUAUUGCUUUCAAAAUUAAUUUCUCUAAGCAAAAGUAUCAUUAACUUGGUUGACAAGCAGCUUAAAAACCGUCUUUAAUUAGUUUUAAUCCUUCUCAAAAAGUACCUUGAAAGUUAAAACAUGAGGUAUGUGGUUACAAUCAAAUUAAGUGAUGGAACUUUCAUUCAUUUAUUAUCUGAAUGCUCUCAAACAAUCUAUUUGUAGUGAAAAGGCAAGUGAAGUUUUCAGUUCUACUACAAAUACGGUUUUGGUGAGUCUUUCCAAGUCCAUUCAAUUUGGACAUUUGCACCAAAAAUUGCAAAACAGAAACUGAAGGAAUUCAAUGAGAAAAGCCACAUUAAAUCUCCUUGUGUCUAGUCAAAGUGUCUCAUUUACAUUGAGUUUUUGUGAAGGAAGGACCAGAUUUACACAUGCCAUUGCAGCAAACAAAUGAGCAAACUCUCACAACUAAACACUACAACUGACAGAGUUUGUUUUGGGACCAGACAGUUUAUUAAAUGUAUAUAUCCUAUGUAAAUAACACACUAGACUAUUACAUAACAAAGAUAUUGGACGAAUACACUAAACCAAUGGUUCAGUAAUCAAGAUUAAGAUACAAUCAAAACUCUCUAUGGUGUGGGUGGGUUAAUGCUAGAAAUAAACUUGUUACUUGCUUGCUUGCAAGGUUACCAAUAACACGUGCACAAAUACCUAAGCGGUAAUACUACAGUAAUUUCGCAAUUAAAAUGCGUUAGUGUUGUGAAUAGCCAUUGGCUCAACAGAAGUCUUAUGACUUAUAUGCUGAACAAAUUGCUCAAUCUUACAGAAAAGGGAAAGUACUAACUUGCACCCUGUCCGUACCCAGUCCAGGCCUCUCAUUUAUCAAUGUCUAGAUUCAUAUCAAUAGAGAUUAAUAUUCAUAAUUAAAAUAAAACAUUGGAAUUUACUUACAAUUACUUUCCUUGCCAUUUACUUAAUGAACAGAGGUAAAUCUUUGUACAUUGAUUAAUCGUCAAUGAGAGUGAAUAAUACUUUUGGUAAGGUCAUUGACUGUUUUUGAAGAAAACAUGUUCAUAACAGUCCUUGCUAAACUAGUUCCGUUGUUUUUCAAAAGUGAACAUGCACUUUUUUUCUUAUGCUCACAAAACUGCUUAUUCUGAAAAUGGCACAGAUAUUUUCAGAAUCUAUUGAUCACUCCUCUAUUGCUAUUAAAGUUUCCUUAUCCAAAGAUUUCAGCAUUUGUAAAAAAAAAUUUGGUCAUAAGCUUCAUGUUACAUCUUUGGAGAGUAGAUAGCAGAGUAUUGAACUGAAUUGUACCAAAGUGAUAUUUUGAUAUUUAGACUAGGAAUGGAAGACACAACCCUAACCCUGGAACAAGUUGAACACAUGCUGCCUGCCCCAAGAACCAUCUCUUCUGUAAGAAUACGUGAAUUUGAUGACACUACUGCCAACCCUGAACCAAUAGUACAAGAUGAGGAGGAGGCAGAUCAGUUGUUAGAGGAAUUUCUGUCACCAUCUAAACUUGUGAGUACAUGCAACCAUAGCUUUUGUUGGCAAUUUUUAUCUUUUCUCUUAUGUUUCACUUUUUCUCAUUUCCUACUGCAGUCAUUACUGAAUUGGAGUGAGAGUGGCUGUAAACCACCAAACUAUUAUUAUAUAAUUAUCCACAGAAGAAUUAAUAACCUGAGCAACACUCACAGAGAAUAGUCAAGCCAGUAAAAAAGGCCUCUGUUAUUAGUUUAUGGCUUGGGAAUUAGAUAAGGAAAAACACUUCUUUUCAUUUAACAUCUCUUGGUCUUUUAGAUAUUUUUGUCAACUCUGCCAUAAAGGCAAUGCUAACUUGCAGGGUUUGAAAAAUGUUUUGGUGAUAAAACAUUAUUUAUUAACACUUGUUUGUACCUUUUCUUUGUUUAUGUAGAGAUCUUUGACUGGUUUCUCAAAUCUUGAUCAAGUUGAAUACCUUGAAAUGAGAGUUGAUACAAGGGAAAAUAGUUUAGGAAAUUUUGGUAAGUGGAAGUAUCACAAAUUUCAUCAACAACAGGCUUUUGACAGGAAAAGUGAGUCAAUUUAUUAUGAAAUUACAUGUUUAAAAAUUUCAAAGCCAAAAUAUGGUGACUGAUCAUCUUUGUGAAGUUUGUUUUGAGACAUUUCCAGACUGUGACAUAUAGUUUGAUGUGCGUUUUCAUGAACAUUUUGUAGUAAAGAAUGUCUUGUAGAAGAUUUUACCACUGUUCUUAACUGUUAAAAUUACAUAAGAAAAUGUUUACUGUGCAUUUUGUUGCACAUUUUGUUACCUUUACUUGAGCUCCUUCAACAAGGUUGUCCAGCUCACAAUCAUAAAGGCAGGCUUAGGAGGAAGAAAAUAAUAUCUCUAUUUCCAAUAUUUGUUAUUUGUACUUGAAAUUACUUUGAGAGUGUUGCAAAAGCUUUGAGUUUGAAAUGUUUUCAAUUGUGUUGUUAAAAACACAAAAAGCAUGGUGUCACAACCAUGUUUACAUACUCGUAUCCAAAUUCAUCAAUUGACCAAUAAGGGUGCAUGUACUACAGGUAUCUUAAUAAUGUCAUAAACAGCAAUGUAACAUUUUUGUCUGGGUAUUGUGUGUGUUCUUUUAUUGAAUAAAGUUUAGAUUUUAUUUGUUUUAUCAGACAUACAUAUAUUCCAUAUUCCCAUGACCUUAGAAAUUCCAGUUUUGAUUUUAGUUUUUAUCCCAAAGUUUUGGCUUCCAUUGACACACUGUUCCACUUGGAAUUUUUCAGGGAUCCAUCUUACAAUAGAUAUCUUGAUAUUUUCUUAACUUGCUUACCUCACAAAAUUUCAAAAAACUGGUAUACUGUAACAUUUGCAAGAGAUUGUCCAUAAAGAAAGGCACCUUUUUAUUUCUCUGGCUUUAGGAGCUCUCCUGCCUAACCUGACAGAACUUAAGUUGUCUUACAGCCUUAUAGCCACAGUAAGGUAAGAUAGCUCUUAGUUUUGCCAGUCCCUCAUUGAUGAUGAGAGAUGAAAUGAGAGUUUGUUAUUAGAUGAAUCUUUAACAUUUGCAUAUUAAUAAUUCAUUGUCAUGCUAAUUUUGAGAAUUUGAUGUUGAAUCAAAUGAUAUUCUUUUUUUGAUAUUUUUCUUUAUUUUUGUGGCCUUUCUGCUUGAGGAAUCACCUCUUGAUCAUCCAUGGGAUUGAAAGAGUCAAUAUGUACACCAAGUAGCUUUCUUCAAAAUAUACAGAUUCCUCAUCCAUUAUAAGUCUUGCUAAUUUUGUUAUCUUGGUGUUUGCAUAGAGACCUUGGUACAUCUUUGACUAAUUUGAGAACUCUGUGGCUUGCAAGAUCUGGGCUCAGUGAUUUGGAUGGAAUUAGUUCAGUCUCGUCAUUAAAGGUAAAUUACUCUCUUGCAAGCUGAGACAAAAACAGCAAAUCCAUGGGGCUCCCAGAAAAUUGUUGAAAAGGUUUAAGAGUAUUAACUACCAGUUAUAGUAACUGGUUUCUUCUAGACCAUUAUUUCUUUUCCUCAAAACUUACAUCCUGUAGAUGCAAUUGAAUCCUAAUUGCAUGAAUUUUUCUCAAAGGAUUGAACAUAGCAUUUGCUAGUCUUCUGAGGGCAACUCUUGAAAAAGCAAAUGCUUAUCCAUAUUGUUUUUUACCUAUGAAUCAUACCUUUUCUAUUGGUUUGUGCCAGAGAACAUUAAUCAGCCAUCAAAGACUAUUUAAAAAAAAACCCUUUCAUUUGCAUAUGAAACCUAGAAAAGAAUUUUGAUUGUGCCAAGGAACUGUGUGAUGGAGUUGUUAAAUAAAUUAAUUAAACAAGAUUUCUGGUUGAUUGUAGGAGCUCUACUUGGCAUUUAAUCACAUUGAGGAUGUCAGCCCAGUCAGCAUGUUAGACCAGCUGGAGAUUUUAGACUUGGAGGGGUAAGAAAAAACAGAAAAUAAACUUGGGUUCUUUUUUGUUACAGCAUCAAGAUCACACUCUAUCACACAAGGUUUAAUAAGUCUACUGUCAGAUACGCUUACUUUUGACUUUCAUAUCUUUUCUCUUAAGUUGUAGAAAUUACAACCUGUGGUUGGCUUGUGGAUUACACGGGGAAGCACCCUGGGUAUAAUCCCUGUUGGGGUCACUGUGUCAUGUUUUUGGGCAUAAGGCUCUUGGUUCUUCCUUAUACUUAGGGGGUUGUUUAAAGGCUUCUUUGUGAGCUCUAGAAAACUGUUAUUGGAAGGUUAACUCAGCAAAAUAAUGUGGAUUACCUGCAGUGGGACAAGUGUCCUUUCCUCAUGGAGUAGCAACACCCUUAGCCUUUUCAUGUUGUAGAAAAUGGAAUUAGCUCCAGUAGUAAUUGAAGAUGCCAACCUAUGGAAAAUCGGAAAUCUGGAGAUACUUGAUUUUGAUUCACAUUUCACCCCUCCACAAUCAAAAUUUGUUUUUGACUGUUUUAUCUCAGUCUCUCCCCUCGAAGUACAACUGUAGGGGAGACAGGAGAUAUGUGAAGUUUCCUUUAGAAUUUGUAUUUUAUACACAAUCAUUACAGCUCUGUAGGAAUAAUCCCAUAGAAAACCAUAGUGAAAGCUGACAUAUGUAGUGCUGCACAGGUUGAUGUCCCAGUACUGCUCUCACACAUCAUUGUUAAAAAACUUGAAGGAUGAUGAAUUGUGAGUUUCUUGCUCUGACUCAUAGAAACAAUGGAAAAGUCCAUCUAUUGCAUCUUAUUUGGGUUGAAACAAAAUUUUUCUAAAUUUUUAACACUUAGUAGUAAUAUGAUAAAAUGCUUAGCAACUGAGCCUGGUAAGGGCUGGAAAUAAAUAUUUGGCUCUUGGUCUGCACGUCAUGACCUUAAGCCAAAUAUUUUCCUAUUUGGUCCUCCCAUACAGUCAAUUAGUACAUAAUGUGCUUGGUGAUGAGGUUUAAGGGUCUCUUAUUAAAAAGUGUUUACAUCAAUGAAUUUUUUUACAUUACAAAGCAUGGAAAAGCAUUUCCUAGUGUUCUUUAAAAGGAAACACUGUGCUAUCUGAGGCAUUAUAAAUGACAUUGAUGGAACUCUUUGUGUUAUUAUAUCCUCAGAAACAAUGUGAGUGACAUCACACAGGUGGAAUUUUUAUGUCUGUGUUCGUCACUGAAGAUCUUGACACUAGAGGGAAACCCAAUUUGUACAGCCCCUCAACCCUUAGUAUCAUCAGAGGUGUGCAUUACAUGAUUUUAUCAUAAAAUUUUUAAUUUUGUGUUAUAGAUAUAUGUGAUAGUUGUUUGGAUUUCCUUUGGUUUGCUUUUAUUACUAUUCUGCCUCAUUAGUAAAUAAAGUUAGUACCACCCUUAUCAGAUAAAUAGUCUUAUGUAACCUUAUUUUUCAAGCCAUUCUUAAGUAUCUAUUUAUUACUGGUUUAGAGGUUUCUUUGGCUUUGUUUCUUUGACUUUUGUGAUCAAUACCAGUAGUUUUGGUUUGAAAAAGUGCUGUAUAGCACUUAGUUUCAACAUUUAUUACUUACUGUAAGUUGUGUGAAACCCCCUAAGUUUUCCAGCCAUGGUUCAAUUCAUUGAGAUGUAGUAAAAGAAAACAGCCCAAAACAGUGUGACAUGUAUGCAGUGGAUUGCCACUUAAACACAGAAGGCAAUUCUGCACUGGUAUACACAAACAUUUUACAUGUUCAGUCUGUACUCACAAAGUAAAGGAAGUAAUGGACAUGCUAAUAGUAAAAAUGAACCAUUCUCUUCAUCCCUUAACUUCCUAGAGAGAUCUAAUGGGAAACCCCCCUCCCACUUCCUGCUGCCAUAAAUUUCGUUUUUAAAGAGGUAGAAAUUAGUUGUCCUGCUAAGGUGUUACCCUCUACCUGACAAGUUUACCUUGUCUUGUCAACUGUUUGCUGUAUUUUGUAUUGAGAUAAUAAUAAAAAGGGGAGAAAAUUCUGGAUAAUCAUUUACUAGGGAACCACAAUAGGUAUUUAUGACAAACUCUUCCUAGUUGUUCUGAGGAGAGAGAGAAGUGAAAGGGGAACAUACAAUCCCUUCACAUUGAUGCUUCUACUCUUAUUUCAAUGAAUAAAUUUGCCUAAUUUUCAGGAGUUACAAAGCUAUGAUUAUCGUAGUGCAAUCCACAAAGCUGUUCCAAAUGUUAAAACACUGGAUGAUGAACCUUUCUUGGUGGAAAAAGUUGAUGGUAAGCCUGUGCUGCGGCAGCCACCAGCAUCACACAGAGCUACUAAGGUUCCAGAACAUCUCAAAGAAGACUGGCAGCUGGUCAAUGAGGGAAUCAAAGCAGUUGAUGUUGAGGAAGAGGAGGACAAUCCAUGUAUGUUUAUAAUUGUGAUAAUAGUUAUAAAAGUGAAUCUUUAUGGUUAGAAAACUUCAUUUUUUCCCUCUUGCAACUGGUGUGGAUUUUGAAAAAUGUUUCUAUCACAAGCCAAAAGAGGAUUGAACAAGCAUUUUGGAUACCAACCUUUCACGUCAUUCAAGAAAAUCUUUUUUUUUCUUUUUUCUUAUCACUAACAAUGGAUCAUUUGAAAGUAAUAAGUCUCAGCCCAGGAUUGUCUUUCAGUCAUAAAACUGAUCAAAAUAACAAAACAAUCCUUCACCCUGAUGAUAAGUUUCACAAAUUUAGCUAUGGUUACUCAUGCAUCAGUUGCAGUCUUAAAUGAAUUAGAAAUCUAUCCUUUCCCAAACAAAUUCCACUCUUUGUCAAGUUAGUACAUGUUCGGAACCAUGCAUUGCUUGCUUAGUAAACUAUCCAAUUCUUGGUAAUAACACUUUGUCAAAUUUUAUUUCCUUCCCUAGAGAGAGUAAAACUUUUAAAUUUAGUAUUGAUCUGUUUUAACAGCUGACUUGGUGAGACCAGGCUCAGCAGCAGGUACAUCAAGACAAAACAGACCCUCAAGUGCCAUGUCCACCAGACAACGCCCAAUGUCUGCAUCACGGCAGAGACCAUCCAGUGCCAUGGGUCAGAGGCCUGGCUCUGCAGGAGGUGAGAGAUACUAUAUGCACAGACCUUUGUUCUUUAGCCUGGUAAAAAAAGUGUAUUAAUUUUCAAUCCACAUUUCCUAGCAGCAAUGUUGGGAAUCAUGCACUGGAACUCCUAUUUGUUUGCAUGCAAGCCCUAACCAUGUCAUAGUGUUGUGGUUUUUGGCAAUGCCCUUCACUCCCACACAAAGAAAACAAGCAUUACAACACUUAGAGCACCUACCUUGAACUGAAGGGGAGCCAUGUUUUUGCCCCUCAACCCCUAAGAGUGACUAGUAUCUAACUUCUGACAAUAUCAUCUUUAAUCACACAUUAAGGUCAUGCCAAUAAAGAAAACAAUCACCACUUAAAAAAUCUCUUGAUUGUUAAACAAAUUCUUCUCGUCAGUAUAUUAAGAAAUGUAUCAAUUAAAGUAUGGAGAAUAUGCAUACUGAUGUUAGGUUGUAAAGGGUUAAAGGGUUUGAAAUACAUUUCUUUCCAAGGAAUCAUCUGUUUAUCUGGGAGAUCAAAUCAUUGGUUAAGAUAUUUUAGUACGAAAAUUGGUCAAUAUUGCACUUGCAGUGUCAAAAACUUUAUAACUGAUGUUUGUAUUUCAGGAGGCCUUGAACCUAUUGGAGUGUUUCGCCAGGAUGACAGCAGUGAUCUUACUCAUGGUUAGUGCCUUGUCUGAUCUGAAUCUUCUAUCUCCUUAACAUGCUGAAUUUAGGUGUUGGUAAUGUAUUGGUGGUAAUUAAUGGGAGAUGAAUUGGCUCAUAGUCUGCAAUUGUUUGCCACCUGUUGCACUGUUGGUUCUUUCCAGGAUACUCUUUGAUGAUGAUGUCAACGUUACUAUACUUUGGUAACAUUCCUUUCUUUUUCCAUCCAAUUGUUGCAUAAGCUGUGAAAAAAGGAUUCUUAAAUCUCUAGUUUUGAGAUGGGAGUAUUGUUAUGGGUAAAAUUGGUAGCAGCGAUGCUCUCUAAAAUCAUUGUGUUAUCUCUUACAUCUUUCAGGUUCCAGUCAGGUUAUUUGUGGAAAUAUUUCACGAGCUCUUAAGUCAAGACAAAAGGUAACAGAGCACGAAAAUUCAUAAUUGUGAAUGUUCUUCUUGCUUGUGUAUUACGUAACAAAAUCAGAACUACUUCAUGGAAUUCAAAUUUCCGGUUCUGAAAUUUUAACAAAAUGUUCAUCAUAACCGAGAAAAGCCUCUCCUUUUUACUUUUGAAGUACUUUUCAAUUUAGUGUAUUAAAAUCACUGAAAGCCAAAGUAAUCAUUGUUGCCAGUCAUAACAAAGGUAAAUAUCAUGUCGGAACAGCAGGAACGUAAGUUAAAACUUCUGUUACGGGCUACAAUUGAAAGAGAGUGUGGAUAACAAGGCCACAAUUGAUUCUAGAGUACAGAAUCUGAUUGGUCGAGAAAAUGGCGCGGGUUUUCUCCUCAAUUCUCAAAGCAUUUGAAAACUAUACCUACUCAACGUCGGAUUAGUUUUGACGCUGACGUAAAAAUUUCGCUAUAUGCUGCAGGAUUUGAAAACGCCCAAGAUGCCUGUUAUGACGUUUCUCGAAAGUCCACGGCUUUACACGCCUGAGAAAAGCUUUGAGGACGACACGGAACCAGCAGCGAGCAAACAAGACAUCCUUAACGAACUUAAAGCUUGGAGAGAGGAGUAUUCCAAGUAAGGCAUCCACUGAAUAUACCCCCCCUUCGAGUCACCAUGAUAGCAAGUGUUUUAGUCUAAAAGUCCUCUAAAGGAACUGCACUUAUACGGUAAACCUUCUCGCUUCCAGGGCUAGUCAGGGUAUAAAUAUUUCUUUCAAAGUUAGUACACUAUCAAGCACACGGGAAAUAAGAAGGAAGGAAAUUAUUUAUUAGAAGAUAUUUCUUUGAUGGAAACACUGGAAAAGAAAUGCCUUGUGUGGAUAUCAUUAAAGGAAACUUGCCGGCAGAUCUCGGAAAUGAGAUGAUUAAGACAUACAGUGACACAGCAAAUAUUUGAGUGCAAUUACUGAUACACUGGCGUAAUAUCCUACCACCCUGACCCGUUUUAAGCCCGCUAGCAAGAAACUUUGUUUGUCAGGUUUCAGCUCGGAGCGAUAUUAAUCAAGCGAAACAAAAGCAAUUUAACUAUUAGAACUUACAUGUGCUGUGGGCGGACUUAAAGAAAAUUUCCGGUUUUGAUUGGGAACCAGCCAUGCGUGUAACUCUUUGAUGAAACAGGCAAUUUACCGACAUGUUAACAUCUCGGCUUCGAACUUAUAGUGUAGUUUUAAGGGUAAAGUCACGACUAUGUUUAUUCACGGGUGGUUUGCCUGUUCAGUCAAACUUUAAACCCAUUUUGCCGCAUCUCUGGGUCACGUGAUUGAUUCGGAAACGUCGACAACAAUAGCUCAUUUUAGAAUUUUCUCAUACCUUUCAGACGACUCUCAAAAUUUCCUAGAGAUGAAGAACAAAUGCUAGAUUAAACAGUCCCUAGUUUUGAGAGGAUAAUAAUAUUGUACAUGAUAGCUCUGGAAAUAAUUUUUUGUGUUAGCCCAACAGUCAUUUGACCUAUAGUCAUCGUGAUGUCAAACGUUUGUAACUGGAAAGUGCGUUAGUCCUUUUUUUGGUUGGUUAUUUUUCUUUUUUUUAAAGAAUAUUGAAACUAUAUUGACUUUGUAUACAUGUCUUGAAUAACUAGAGAGAAAAACCCAAUCAUGAAACCCAUCAUACAAACUGCAUUCCUUUCAUACCUCUUUUGUUUCAAAUGUAAACAAAUUUUAUGAGUCGUCUGUUUGUAUAUACUCGGGUUGACAAGAGGGAUUGAAAUUUGUUUUGGAACCUUUUAUUUGCAAUACCAAACUUCGAAACUCCAAAGGCACGUCAUAUAUUCCAAUUUUUCACAUCAGUAACCCGCAUACGUCAGUACUUUUAGUCGAAACAGGUGGUGUUGUUUGCAUCGGCUUAAUCGCCAAUUUUGACACAAAUUUGCGUCACUGUCGUCUGGUUUGGAAAGCGCUUGCUUAAGAAAGAGACCCUCCUCAAAAAUUCAUCGAAGGGAAACUCCAUCUCCCUAAUAGACUGUUUUAGAUGUUAUGUCCCUAAAAUAUCAGGCCAAUGUCACUGCUAUUAACAAAGAGACUGCAAUCUCUAAAUGAUCAUAUUUAGAGACAUUUGAAUUAGUGCGAUGUUGUAUGAGAAUAUGAGAUAUUAAACUACUGACAGGAAAAUUGUACCUUAAUCAGCUAUCUUCGUGAAGUACAUUUAAAAAGUUCCAUUUAAUCAAGUGGCAAAUGGAACAGCAAAUAUCAUAAACGACUCAAAACCUUCCCCUUUUCCCAUUCCGUUUAGCGUUGGUUACCGUACUUUUGAAUUGAUGUCUUGCCAUAAGUUUUUUUUUUCUCCGAGGCAUAAAUAAUUCACGUUAAGUGUUUAUUGUGAGCUUGGCUCAGUGUGUUUCUAUGACCCACGUUUUUUCUCGCUCGUCAAUUAAUUAAGGAAAAUGCGUAGCUGCUCGGUCAAGCGACUUACAAAGUUUUGAGAAGGAAAUCUUGGAGGAUUAUUUUUUGUGGGUAGACAAACUUUCCAGCGGUAAAAUAGUGAAAGGAAAAAAACGAUUUGCAUGGAUAACAGAUGGCGAAUUUACCAAAUAUAGGUUUAGUUCUUUGAGAUGAACUAGCGAUAACCUAGCUCUUUCAACGAUAGCGGCAUCCCCUUCCAUGUAAAUUUGUAUUGUUUAUAAUUACAUUUUGAAUACAAACGCGGAGUAAUUUUGAACAACUUUACCCCUCCGCUUUGAAAACAACUAGAUAAGCUAAACGCCCAAACUGCUUCCUGUUCUGACCGCAAUUAUUACAUUUAGGCGUUAAGAGAUUUUUUAUGGCUCAAUUUAGCAUACCAUCCACUCGAACUUAAUCUUGUAUGGGUGGUUGGGCGGGUGAAGAGUGUGUUUGUCGCACUAUUUUUGUUUGUGCGAUGCAUGUCACUUACAUUUUUAUCGAAAUUUCUUGUACAUUUAGGAUGUUACAUGAGGAAAGAAGCACAAUCACAAAUAGCGGAGCACUCGAUAGGUGAGUUGAAUUGAAUGCUGUCUCGAUUGAAGUGAAUAUCAAAGACUUGUUAUUGUUAUUCAUCCCACAAAGAAGUUCCCAUUCCUUCCUCACCAAAAGAAUGGGAAAAAUUUGAACUUAAGUUGCCGUGUAGUGAUUGUUUGAUUUUUUUUUUUCCACCAAUUGAUUUUGACAGGAGCUAUUUAUGGCAGCGUAAGCAGCUCAAAGGAGUUACUCGCUAUUGUUUUUUGCUUCUUUUUGUUUUGGUUUUUUUUUCCGUUUUAACUUGUAACUGUCACUCAAAUAAAGUAAAAAAGUUUAAAAGGUGAUAAAACACAAAGAAGGAAGGAGGCGAGAGAAAACUGGAGAAUAUGGACACAGAUUGAAAAUGAAAAACUUGAAAAUGUGGGAAAUUCUUACAAGAUAGUUAAACCGAGACGCAGCAUUCCCUUCACCACCCCUUCAAGGGUUCAGUUGAUUGUUUAGUGGAUGGUUGAUGCUUUUUGUAACACUCUGUUCUGUCUAGUAUCGCAGAUUAGUUAAACUAUUGCUAAAGCGGAGGAGAAGAGGAAAGGUAAUCAAGCCUUUUUCUUUCUUUCAGUGAGUUACCAAAAACCUCGCCCUCAAUGGAUCCCCCCGCCACACGCGCCUUCUCUCCCUCCCCUCCCUCUCGCCCCCCAGGAAGUCCUUCUGCCUUACGCCGUUCACUACCUAAUCCCCCCUUAGUCGGAAGGGAAAUUUUAAGCAGACCUAACACAGCAGCAGAUUUCAGGAUGCGAAGGUAAUAUGCUCUUGUAUCUUGUUUUUCAGCGUUUGGCCUUUAUUCCUUUUCUCCGGCUUCUCAAAUAUUUUCAGGGUCUGUAAGAGCAUUGCAAUAUAAAAGUUAGCCUUUUGUUUUGUAUGGCUGGUUGUCACUCAAACUGAGAAACUUUCACCGUUUGAAUGUAAGUGUCUCAUAAACCAUACCCCAUCCAUAGUGCUCUUCAGUCCUUACACAAGUCGGAUUUUUCUUCAUUCCUCCAUAUCUCCCAGUCAUAUUAACGCUAAAACAUGGCUAAUUCACGCUGUUUGCGCCCCAGAUUCCGACAGCUUUCCGGUGAGACUAGUGUGAACCAACUGAGACUGCGAACUCUGCAUGGAGACGAGAGUUUUGAAGUGGACAAAAACUUAUCAUCGGCGUCUCUAGAUAGCAGAUCCUCUCAGGCGCUACCAGCAGAGGAAGACACGGAACCACGCUCGUCCUCUGCGCCUGUGCGAAUCAACCGUCGUCCCAGGUAGGACAGUGAAAUUGUUCAGUCAACAAGACAUGUUUUGUGAUGUUCAAGAUUGAACAAGCAACAUUGUAAGGUCAAUAUUGGUCAUACUAGUAGAUAUGCGGAAGGGAGCAAUCGAUUCUUCAUUGACAAAAUCCAAAAAUAGAACCACAUUUAAACAGGCAUGAUUUGUUUUACUUUCAACGCAUGGAAAUUCUCGUCAAUACAGUAGAGAAUUUUAAUCGGCAAAAGCAGUGUUACAUGUCUGAGAAAGUUAUUAUCUAGCGCGCAUUUAGAUUCCUUGCUACUCUCAUAUCUCAGGAAUGUGCCGCCAACGAAAGAUAACAUAAGACCCUCCCGCAAACUUCCUGACCCACCAUUUCUGGGACAGAGGCCAGGCACAGCAGCUGCUGCCUUGCAGAAACGAAAACUCAAACCUUCCCAAGAGUAACAGAAACAGUUAAGAGAACUUGUAAAAUGGAAGUAUUGGAGAAAUCAGUGGGUUUCGGAUAUGGACUUGUUAACAACAACGAAACAACAACAACAACAACAACAACAAGUCUUGUGCGUGACAGAUGCUCUCCUGUUCACUUGGAGUGCUUUUGUGCACUAGCCGAUUACGCUUGACUGCUGAAUGACGAACUUUUUUAACUUCCGGAAGGAAAAAUUGCGAGAUUCCAAUUUAUUGGAAUAUUGUAUAUAUUUUUGUUUUUGUGUGCGGUGACAGUGUAAAUAAAGGUG